AUGAGUAGCCCAUCAACGGCGCCAUGGAAGCAGCUUCUUGUCAACUCAAUCCACUCCAAUUCCCGUCUCAAACACUCUUCGUACUUCCAACUUGCAACUGUUGCAUCCAAUGGUAGACCUUCCAAUCGCACUGUUGUUUUCAGAGGAUUCCAAGAUGACAGCGACAAGAUUCAAAUUAACACCGAUUCUCGAAUUCGAAAGAUUGAUGAUCUGAAGCAUUGUUUAUUCGCAGAGAUAUGUUGGUACUUUACUGACUCUUGGGAGCAAUUUCGAAUUAAUGGAAAAGUAGAUGUCAUUGAUGGAUCGAAUCCCGAUCCUCUAAAACUUCAGCAAAGAGAGAAAGCUUGGUUUGCCAGUUCUAUUAAGUCAAGACUACAGUAUUUGGUUCCUACUUCAGGAAUUCCUUCUGUGGAUGAACAACCAUCUCCGGUUCCAUCUUUGGAUCCUUCAACUGGUCCAGUUAGUGUAUUUUGCCUGCUCGUUCUCGAUCCUGAUCAGGUUGACUAUUUAAAUUUGAAGAGCAAUGAGAGGGUAACUUAUACAGCAGGACAGAGUGCUGAAGGGGAGAAAAUUUGGACAAUGGAAAAAGUCAAUGCAUAA